UUGAGAUAACGCAGCGCUACUUCUGCUUUAACAACACGCUCACUAGGACCGACGCCAUCUCGGAAUAAGGGACGUCUAUAGGGUGUUUUUGGAAGCAGAAAAUAUUCAAAUACCACAAGUUGACUUUCAGAAAUUUCUGGGGAAAUAUAACGUUUUAUUCGUUUAGUAAUUCUUUCUGCGUCUGCGGAUAAGAAAGUGUAUCAGCCGCCCUCGAAGAAGUAGCUUAACGUUAGCUAACUGUUAGCUUGUGACGUAGUUAGCUAAACUAGCUAACUUAACCGCGGAGGAAUUUCACAGCCUGUUUAUGUUUUCGCCAGUUCGAAAAAAUGUUGGACGGAUCCCCGACUCACGGUGAUGAAACGAACAUCGGUAACGUCGAAAACAACAACCCGAUAUCGUUGAUAAGCAGCGAUGGGGUGAACAAGACGAGACAGGCGCUGCUGAAGAAAGGGAGGAAGCUGCGGUCGACGGCGCCACUGCAUCACCAGAAACCUCCGAGAAACAUCCCCAACAUCCGUCUGUCCGACCACAACAACAACAACACUUUAUCUGCUAACAAACCAGCAGCUCAGCCCGGUACCGAGCUGCCUCUCGGUACACAGGCCGUGCUGACCCUCCAUCAUCUCAACCAGGGACCCAGGACAGAGCUGCUGAAAUCCAAAGGCGGCAGGUCGGAGCAAGGAGCCGCACAGCCCGGUGGCCAACCCGGCCGCAACCAGCCCCGACAGGACCGAAUCGCCCAGAACAUGAUCACGCGGAGCCACAAGCCCAAGCAGGGCCAAACCCCCGCAGCCUCCCGCUCCGCUAAGAGGAAAGAGACGGGCAGCCCGAACAAGCCCCACCCUCGCCACCAGCCUCCGCCCCGAGAGCACAACCAACCCCUCCGCGCCUUCGACGCUGCGCCGGUCGCGAACACGCCGCCUGCCGAAGCCGCGCCCGAAUACCUCAAAGACGGCGAGAAGGUCUACGCCGGGGCCAAGUUCAGCGAGCCGCCGUCGCCGAGCGUCUUGCCCAAACCGCCCAGCCACUGGGUCGGAGAAAACGAGCCUCAGCCGAGCGACCGGAGCCGAGAGCAAAUGACUGUUCAUCUCAAGUCGCUGCUGAAGGUUCAGGAGAAGUCAUGACCACGUCUGCUGUCGCAUCCACGCUUGAAUGCCAACAAUUGGAAAACAGGCAUUCAUGUAAAAAAUGUAGUUUGGCCUUUUAAACACACUGAAAUACAAUCUAGGGAGUUUUUUUAUUAACUGUAGUACAAUUUCUCAUGAUUCAACAUGCUGCCUGCAUUUGUAAACAUUUUGACGCCGCGUUGUUGCUGGACAUCUGACUAAACAAAUAUUUUCUGCCGGCAUGUCGGCAGAGUAAAAGAGAAAAUGUUUGUGAUUGGAUUUGUGUACUAGGAAGUCGUCUCCAGCAGCAACGCGAUCAGCGCCUAAUGGUUACAUAGUGCAAAGUGAUUUUUUUACGCUAUUGAAAAGGCAGUUUUGUGUUGAUUUUUUUUCCAAGAGCUAGUGCAAAUGUACAUAAUAUAUUGUAAACAUACAUGUGUGUAUAUUUCUCCUUGUUAUUUUUAACUGAGAUUCUAGUUUUGUUACUGAGGUUUUUCCAAAAAAAACAAAACAAAAAAAAACAAGAAAAAAGAAAGAGGAAAAAUAUCCCCUGCAAACUGAGGCGCUUUGUUACAGCUUCUUCAGCGUGAGGCUCAGUGGAAGCACGAAAAGACUUUUCUAUCUGAUUUGCACUGAAAAUCAGGGGGAAGGGCAGGGAACCUUUCGAUUUUUAUCCAAACGCUUGACCAGCCACUUUGAUGACUUCAUCAGCCUUCGUCGAGCACAGGAGAGCACUUCCGGGUUCCCGGCUGGCGGGGCGCCUUUUCAAAAUGGCUCAGCCAGCGGACAAAUCACAAAGUCCGAAUUUACCAUCCGGUCGCUGAAGUUCUUUCCCUUCCCCCGAACACGGGUCCAGCCUGGUGGAAAGCCACGGGUGGAAUCAGGGACCGUGAGGCCGCCGAAGCCUCGCUCACAAACUGAAGAGAAAUGUGAAAAGUCUCACGACCAGCUGCUGCACAAAAAAGCCAGUAUCCAGCAUCAAGACCAUGUGCUGCUGCUUCUUUUUUUUAUCUUUAUUGCACUGACUCCAAGUCAGUCACAUUAAGCUGUCUACAUUUGAAAUAUCUUUUUCUCGUCUGUCCACACAGCCGGUGUAUUUCACACCCCCAAAACAGAUUUUUCAUUCAGAUUUCAUGUUGUGCGUGUACGGGUGAAACUGAACUUGACAUACAUUACAUUAGCCUGGCCCGGUCGUGGCUGAGGAUUGUGAGGCAUUAAGAAAGACAAUCUUCUGUCCCCUCCAGCUUUCUCUGUGAUCAUAAUGGUCAAUACUGGCGAUCGCCAACACCGCUUUUUGACAGAAGAUGUCACGAUUAGAAGUAGUCGAUUGCCUCAAAAGCUACCUGCAGCUCUUUUGAUAAUCUAUUAAAUGUUUGCGUCAUUGCCUAAGCAAAAAAAAGAAGAAAAAAAAGCCAAGCAUUUGCUGGUUCCAACGUCUAAAAUGUGAGGAUUUUCUAUUUUAUGUCAUCUAAGUAUGUUUGGAUUUUGGACUACUUUGUGGCAUUUUAGGCAAUAAUAAUGAGAAACUAUGGGCUAAUCGACAAUGAAAUGAAUCAUUAGUUGUACCGUUGGACAUAAUCAUAAAAUAAUGACAUGCAGUGAACAUGUAGCAUUUAUUAUAUACUAGUUAUACCAUUAUCUGGCAGUAAAAACAGGUAAACGCAAGUGAGGACAACUAAAUGGUGACUUUGGCUGUUUUCAAACGGCCAUAUAGGUGAUCACGGAGAGCAGGAGGGGACAGAAAACAGGUUUAAAAGAUGUUAAUGUUUGUCCCGCUCUCUACCAGAUGGUAGAGGUACGAGAAGAAGCUGUUUUUGUGUUAUUCAGGUGUUUCAGGAUGGACGGCACGCAAACAAGCGCUCAUGUGGACGCACAUAAAACUGCCUUUUUAAAGAUUGUAUGGCUUCAUGUGGAUGUAGUUUCUGUAUGUUAGACUGUAUGUUGUGUCUUUUAAAGGGGACUCGGUUCCACACACUUCGUUUUCAUUUCUUUAAGGUAAUUUAACGCACGUCAAUGUUUACCGAGAGUGCGGGACGUGUUCCGUUUUGGCACAGAUGAUCUUGUGAUUGUGUACGACGUGUUCUUUUGUUUCUUCUGGAUGGUUUCCAGGGAUGCAGGCAGCUGCUGGAUCUUGUUUUCUUGACCUCUGUGACGUCACGCGAGUGGGAAAUUGUAUUACUGUAUCAAAAACUGCCCAUUUUUAUGACAGUGUUUUAAAAAGAUGAUUUCAUUCCAGUUAUGAGAACAUGCUAAACGAGGCACCUCCAUGCCACAAUUUGGAUGGGGAAAAAAAGUUUAUUUUAUGAAGUCUUUCAUAUCUAAAUUAAAAAUUAUUAAAAUAUUGGUUACCCCUAUUAAA